UUCUAUACAUUUCAGAAUAAAUACUUGCUGAUUCAUACAAACAUCACUCAUUGAAAACACGAACCUAAUUCAGUACCGUACCCAAUCUCGUGCGAAUUGUUCGGUUUCGUGCCUCUUAAGAAACAUUACUAUGUCUGUGAUUCCCCGAGAGCUGUUCUUGCGUUUCCGAGGCCCUGAACCGAUACAGAGGACGCCGCUCGGAGAUGCGAUUGAUAAAGCCACGCUCAAACUGCUGCAGGAAGCGUUCAUAUCAUCGAGCGACAAGAACGUAGUGACCUCGCCCUUGGGGGUGAUGAUCCUCCUAUCACUAUACAACACUGGCGCCGGUGAGGAGACCCAACAAGAGAUCAACAACUACCUGGGCGGCGCAUGUCCUGCCGAGUUAGCCGAAUCAUACAGCGGUCUAAGCCGCAAGUUUUCUACAUUGAACCCUGAAUGCCUGACGGUUGCCAACAAAAUAUACGUAAAUAAUAAAUUCACUCUGUGGGAGAAAUUCUCUGAAAUCGCGCGCAACUCCUACCACAGCGGAGUCGAUAAGAUUAACGUCCAAGCACCCGCGGCAGCUGCCGCUCUCAUCAAUGAAUGGGCGGAGAACAUGACCAGGGGCCAUAUAAAAAACGCUAUGGCCGAAAGUGACAUAAAACCCAGCGUUACUGCCGUUCUUAUCAACGUCAUAUUUUUCCAGGGUCACUGGUCCGUGCCAUUUAAAGCAACAGACACCAAAGAGAAAGAUUUCCACACGUCUGAUGGCAAUGUUAUCAAAAAACCGAUGAUGCAUUUAUUGCGGGCUUUCAAAUACACCAAGUGCGCGAACAUACCAGCUAGAAUGAUUGAACUGCCGUAUAAAGAGGAAGGAUUCCGCAUGAUUGUUGUGCUCCCGAAUGAGAUUGAUGGUUUGCCCGCUGUAGUGGAGCAGGUGGCGAAAACCGGUCUGCUAGACGACAUCUUCAAUCUGCGAGUUGAAGAUAGAGUUGACUUGGAUAUGCCGAAAUUUAAUAUCGAAAAUAGUUUGGAUCUGCAAGAUCUUCUCAGCAAGAUUGGUGUGAAGGCAAUAUUUUCCGAGGCAGCACCAGGCAUCGUGAAAGAUGAUUUUAUCAAUGUAACAAAGGCUAUUCAGAAAGCUUUCGUUAAAGUAGACGAAGAGGGUGCAAUCGCAGGCGCGUUUACUGCAUUUGUAACGUGCAGAACGACGUCUGUCUACAUCCCACCACCACCUGUGAAGUUCACCGUGGAUCGCCCUUUCCUAUUUAUGAUCUUACACGAAGAUAUAAUAUUAUUUGUUGGUACUUUGAGUAAAUAAUGUACAAAAAUCUUUAAAAUAAAUUAU